AGUUAUUUCACUGUUCCUACCUCUCAACAAGGCACGAAUGUCUCGUCUCUCUACUGUCGCAACAAUUCUCGGUGCUGCUACUGCCUCCCCCGAGGGCCUCUACUGUGGUAGUGGUAAGUAUUGGAAUUCCCUCAUGUUCAAGGUCAACGAGACCACCGGCACCUUUGCUGCCAGCGGGAUCGCUGACAAGGAAGGUGCCUCUCCCUGGUAUCUUUCCAGUAUUCCCUUCUACAUGAACGAAGAGGACACUGCCAUGCAAGUCGGUACAAAACCCGAGAAUCGUCUACUGUACACCAUCGGAGGCUUUGGCUACAAACUGCCUGUCUUCACUAAGUUGCCCUACGACGCCGAGUCCCAGGCCCUCACCCUCACCUACAACGACGAUGAGAUGGUUUGCAGCCAUGACAAGUGCCCUUCUACCCUACCGGGUCAUCGCGAGGGGUUCACUGGGCCCGACGGCGCUUACUGCUGCACUGAUGGCCUUUACUGGAGCUUCAUCAUGUUCAGGGUCAACGCCACUACCCAAACCUUUGACGUGAGCGGCAUUGCUAACCUACCCAAUGCCGCCCCGUUCUACGUGUCUGACCUCUCCUACACUAUGAACCAGGAGGAUACUGCCAUGUUGGUCGACCAGAAGCCAGAGAGCCGUGAGCUCAAGAACAUCGGUGGCUUCGAUCUGCCCUACCCCAUCGACCUCGAUUGGAUCGAGUUCGACGCCGAACGGCAGCAGAUUAGAACUUUCUAUGGAGGUGAUUAUUUGGUAUGCACCAACUCGAAGUGCCCCGCUGGAUCUCCUAGAAGCCGCGGCCGAUUCCUCGCUGAUGGUAUGUACUGCUGCAGCGACUAUAAUUUGAAGUCUCUCGUCUUCAAGUUCGACAACGAUACUCGCACCUUCGACGUCUCCGCCCUUUCCAUGGUCCCUGGGGCCGCUCCUCUCUACAUUUCCGAUGUCCACUUCCACUUCAGUGAGGAUGGCACCAAGAUUUUGGUCGAUAAGAAGAGCCGGCAACUCCAGAUUGGUGGUUUCGGGUAUCCCGUCCCUGACUGGAAGGAGUUGGACUUCUCCCCUGAGUCCCAGACCAUUACAGUCACGUAUAAGGACGAUGAGAUGAAGUGCACUUACGACCAGUGCCCAGCUGGCUCUCCUCGUGGUCUCGAACGCUCUCUCCCUGAUGGUAUGUACUGCUGCAGCGGUCGCUACUGGGCGGACUUCUUCUUCGAGUUCAACUAUGCUGCUGGUACCAUGAUAAUGUCCGGUAUGGCUAACCUCCCCAACGCCGCCCCGUUCCAUCUCUCCGACAUGCAUUUCCACAUGAAGUCCAACAACAGGGUGAUCCAGAUCAGUGAAGGUCGUUCCCUCCGCAGGACUAAGCUCAUUGGAGGUUUCGGCUAUCCACUCCCCGACUUUAAGACUCCAUUGCCCUUCAGCGCUGCUGAAAAUAGCAUUACGCUAAUCUACCGUGAUGUAGCAAUUGUUUGCACUCCCGAACAAUGCCUCAUGGAAGAGUAAGCUGAUAAUUGUCUGGAAGAGUAUCCAGGCUGACGUAAAGUCAUUUCCCGCUCGGCAGAUUCAGCUCGAAUCUGCCUUUCUGCGAAAUUUGGUGCUGGAACCGUUCGAGCAUCAGAGUUCGCCUUCUAGUUUUUCCUUGUGCUUCGACGCAUAUUUUCCAUCUGAUCGAGCGCAGCCUAGACUGCUCAGGAGGCUCGUUAGAAACACCUCAUUUUUUCA